AUGGCUACAACAAUGGCAUUGAACUAUGAAACAUUAAUACAUGCGGCUAGUAAACCACCAGAACAGCGAACAGCUACAGAGAUUAAUGAUUUUAUAUUUCCAUGGCUGAAGCAAUCAUUGAAAAAGAAACAGGGCAUAUUUCAAAAGAUUUCUGACGAUGUCAUUCAUGAUAUCUGCAAAACGAUCAUGCUGGAGAGACGGCCAGCUUGGGAUGUCGUUAUCCAUCAAGGUGACCCUGGAGAUACAUUUUAUAUUAUUUUACAAGGUUCGGUGAAUAUCUAUCGAUUCGAUGAGGAUGGACCAAAGCCCGAACCACUCGAAUUUGAUACUGUGACAGAAUUUGCUAAGCUUGACAACGAUUCUGACAAACGUGACGAACUCAUUGCUGAUGCAUUUGGAAAUUAUGUUGUGACUCUAGAGGGAAAUGGUCUUGCCUAUAAGCAACGUGGUGGUUUUGAUUUUGGUGAACGAGCAUUGAUUACGAAUGAACCACGAAGUGCUACAGUAAUGACAAUUACUCCAACUGAUCUACUAGUUGUUGAUCGCGAAGUUUUCAGUCGAACGUUGAAAGCGGCGCAUGAAAGGGAAUUGCAAGAGAAAACCGAAUUCAUCAAUCGGUGUCCGUUGUUUUCAUCCUGGUCACCAAGACUAAAACGUCUUGUUAGUCUUAAUUUGGAACGUGGUCGAUUCUCUUAUGAUAGUAUCUUAUACAAACAAGGCUCACGAGCUGAUGCUGUAUAUUUUAUAUGGAGCGGUGAAAUUAAAUUAAGUAUGGAUCCUCUGUUACACUGGUUACAAUAUCCUUACCUUCUUCCACAAUCAAAUCCAUUGAAACAACGUGCCUUAGAAUCCUUUCUGCCUAUAUUUCAACCAUCUCACCCUUCGAACGUUCAUAUACCCUCGAAUGCAGACACUAAUGAUCCUCGACAGAGUUUCGCUAUCAAACGACGUCACAUGACUUUCGCUCAAGCUGAACAUGAACGCGCUGAACGAAUUCUACAGUUAGCAUUAUUGAAUGCUGGUGAUGUUAUCGGCCUUGAAUGUUAUGUGUGUGAUCUAGCAACACAUAUCAAUUCAGCACGAUGUACGGCACCGUGCGAUUUAUUUUACAUCUUGAAACAUAACUUUACUCGUUUACAAAAACGGCACGGCACUCAAGGUUUGGGUGAACGUUUACGUGAAAUGGUUCUUCUUUCUUUGCAAGCAUAUCCAUCGCGUAUCAUGUAUAUGCCAUUAUUUACUGCAUUAAUGAAAAAGAAGUUAACACCACGGAUGAAUGAUGAUCAAUUACAACAGCAACAGCAGCAGUAUCAAAAUAGACAAACAUGGCUUGUACAGAUGCACAACUCAUCUCAACGACGAGUACAUCGAUCAGACACCACAACAACGCCCUCUCAUAUAGUUACUAAAGAACGUUCACUGACUACAGUAACACACAGUGUGCCCACAAUACGGGCAACUCAAAAUGCAUCUUUUGCAAAUCCUGCUACAAUACAAUAUGUCACCAAUGAUAAUAUACGCGUCAGUAAAAUUGAAGAUCGUCUCAAACAAUGGCAUGCACAAAUGGGUGGAGAUUCGAAAACACAUUUUGUACCGCUAACACGUUUUAGCAUUGCCGAUUUUUCAGCGCACAAUCUCCUACGAUCCACAUCGUUUGAAUUUGUUGAACCUCAGUUAAAUGGCACUUCUCUUUCAACAAGUUUUCACUCAAACAAUGUUCAUCAAAGUGUAAAAGAAACAAUAAUUCCCUUCGAGCCUUUUGUUAAAUCAAUAGGAAAUUCCAAACGACCAUCACUUGCUUGUUCCAGAAUUACUCAUGCUUCUUCUUCUUCUUUUUCGUCAUUAAAUACAAGUCUACCUUCAGUACACACUUAUUCUAGCCAAGAGCAAUAUGAAGAUCAACGGCUUUCUUUCAAUAAGAAGUGGAAAGAUUUUCUUAAACGUUCUACUCCAACCGUUUACUGA